AUGGCACAGCAACAACAACAACGACGUGAGGACAGUGAGCGCAAGAAUGACGAGUUCGCAUCCAGAACUGCCGUGGACCCAGUAGCCGCCUAUGCUUACGGGGCCACCGGGAAUAAUGCUGGAUAUGGAGCAGUGGCUCCUGGUGGUGCUACCGGAGCAUUCGGUGGCGGCGGUAUGGCUGAUCCUGGAACAACUGGAUAUGUAUACCAGUACACUGCUGAGUAUGCAACUACUGGUGUCCCUCCUCCUGGAUAUGUUGCUGCUCCAACUGCUGGGUUUGGAACCACUGGUGCUGGUGGUGGCGGCCAGAUCGGAGGAGGAGAAGAAAAUGCUAAUCGCAGUGGGGGCAGCGGUGGUGGUGACGCUGGAAUGAACAGGAACAUGGGCGGCGAUCAGAAGUGA